UCUUUAGCAUAUUCCAUUGCCGAGGUCAGAUCACGCCAUACAAAAUGCCUUCAGCACCAGGACCCGGCGAUAACAAGCCUCCGUUCAAAGUUGCGAACAUGGAUCUCGCAGAAAUGGGACGCAGUUCCAUCACGAUCGCCGAGAAUGAGAUGCCUGGCCUGAUGGAGAUGAGGCGGCGUCACGGCCCUGCUAAACCACUGAAGGGCGCCAGGAUUGCAGGAUGUCUUCACAUGACUGUCCAGACAGCUGUCCUGAUUGAGACUCUUACAGAAUUAGGCGCUGAUGUUCAGUGGUCUAGCUGCAAUAUCUUCUCCACCCAAGACUUCGCUGCUGCAGCCAUUGCCAAAACUGGCGUGCCCGUCUAUGCAUGGAAGGGCGAGACUGACGAGGAAUAUGCCUGGUGUAUCGAACAGACGCUCAUCUUCGCUGAUGGUCAACCUCUCAACCUGAUCUUGGACGACGGUGGUGAUCUCACAAAUCUUGUUCACGAAAAAUACCCCCAAUAUCUUAAAGGCAUCAAAGGUCUCUCUGAAGAAACCACCACUGGUGUCCAUAAUCUUUACAAAAUGAUGAAGGCUGGAAAACUUAAAGUCCCUGCCAUCAAUGUCAAUGAUUCAGUAACAAAGAGUAAAUUUGACAACUUGUACGGGUGCCGUGAGUCGCUUGUGGAUGGAAUCAAGCGGGCCACCGAUGUUAUGUUGGCGGGCAAGGUGUGCGUCGUCGCUGGUUAUGGUGAUGUAGGAAAGGGCAGCGCGCAUGCUCUUCGAGCUUUCGGAGCCCGAGUGCUCGUCACAGAAAUUGAUCCCAUCAAUGCUCUGCAGGCAGCUAUGGAAGGCUUUGAAGUCACUACGAUAGAUGAAGCCGUCAAAGAGGCCAGAAUCUUCGUCACAGCCACCGGAUGCAAGGGUAUCCUUGGGCCAGAACAUUUUAAACAGAUGCUGGAGGAUUCCAUCGUGUGUAACAUCGGCCAUUUCGAUUGUGAAAUCAAUGUUGCAUGGCUGCAAGAAAAUUGUAAGAAGACCGAAGUGAAACCACAGGUUGAACGAUACACACUUCCCAAUGGCCGCCAUAUCAUCCUGCUCGCAGAAGGCCGUCUUGUCAAUCUCGGCUGUGCCCACGGACAUCCCAGUUUUGUCAUGAGCAACUCUUUCACCAAUCAAGUCUUGGCUCAGAUAGAGCUGUGGACCAGGGCAGAUCAGUAUGCGCUUGGAGUUCACUUCUUGCCCAAAAAUUUGGAUGAGGAAGUAGCCCGUCUCCAUCUUGAUCAUCUCGGUGUCAAACUGACGAAGCUCAGCUCAGAUCAGGCAGAAUACCUCGGCCUCCCACAAGCUGGACCUUUCAAGCCCGACCAUUACAGAUACUAAAAUCAAAUGACAUUUCCAUGUACGUGCGCGAACUCUGUCUUCGGCAUCCAAUUGAUCUCGGUAGAAAAAGCGCUCAAAGCUGUAUUACAGAACGGGCCUAUUUGAUUAUGAUCCUUUGGUCCGGCAGAGAUAAACCAAGUGUUGGACAUGAGAUAUUUCUUUUUGUCCCACAGACACGCCAGAGAAUAUCUUCCCAAGGAAUGCUUCCAUUCUGUAAUAUUACUUUGUUCCUUUCUCCAUUGAUGCCGUUACCAUGUUGAGGGAUACAGUACCUUGCCUGACUAUCGUAAACGAACAUUCCGGUGGAGUGCGUUUUAUUGUUGUAGUCGUAUUGGCUAGUGGUAUCCUAAUUCCCAAGUAGGUGGCAGCACUGCCUUUGGCAGGAUCAUGUAAUUACUGAAAUAUUGAUCAAUUAAAUUUUAACAGAAUUAUGUUAAAGUUAAUGAUUUUACCAGACUCAUAAUCAUAUGAUACACAUUCAGUUUGUAACAAGACUUUGUUGAGAUACUAUGCUUAGCAAUUUUCGUCUAAUGAACAUCAUUGGUCUGUUGGUGCUACCACUCUGUAUCAUGUAAUAUGUGAAGCCCCAGAAUGUGCAAUUCACAGAUGUCGGUGGAUAAAAAAAGUUGAUUGUACUCAAUAUAACUUACAUAGUUGGUAAAUACAGGUAUAUUGACAAUAA